GCUUCACUUUCAGUGUACAUUUGGCUAGGUGCGUUGUUUUUUACUUUCUAUGAUAAAUAAAACGAAUACAAUUGGAAAUUUAAUUGUUUAGUGUUAGUAUUAGAAAAAUUCAAUGUUUAAGUGUCGGCGAAAGUUUAGUGCGGUAAAUAGUAAAAAAGUGUCGUAAGGAUAAUUUUAAUCUGUGCGUAAUUACAACAACUUAAAAGGUGAAUUUAAAUAGCCCCAUAUGUUAUUGAUUGAAGGCGAGGUCGAUGAACAUAUAUAUGUUAGCAUAUAUAUGGCAAAAUGGCUGAAAAUAGUGAACAAAAUAUGUGAAUGAAUGUGAUAUAUACAAGUUUGUGGAAUCUGUGAUUUCUGAAGAUAAGGAUUUUUCAAGGCUGGACGUCUAAAGACGAGCUCGAAAUAUGGCUUCCAGUUCCCGGGCAACUACGAGCGAGGGCCCUCGGUAUCAAGGUUACCCGUACGUGAACCUCCCCGCGUUCGGGGUGCCAACGAUAGACUCUCAGACUGCGUCACGAUACGCCAACCUGCCGAGACGGCCGUUGGGCACAGCUGUCAGGGUGAAGGAAGAAGGCAACACAACUCGGAAUAAUCAGGACACCAAGUCACCAGAUUCUGAUGAAGAACCGGUGCUGUACAUCGACAUGCCUGGUGACGGGGAGAGUGACAUAUACGUCAGAGCAGACAGCAGUCUUAAUCAGGAGCAAGAAAUACCAAUCACAACCCAGCCAAGGAAGCAGGAAGACGAGGAAGUGGUCUACAUCGACCUGCCAGAGUGCAGUGGAAGUGGUGUCAGCGAUAGGAGACCAGAAGACGGGCCACCUACCAACAUCCUUCAGGACACGAUCUUCUACGACCAGUUCAAGAACAGGCGUAUUGACGUCAUCCAACAGUCGCCCCAGUCUGGUGACUACAGCUCCUCCGCCAGCCCUCGGGAACGCCCAACCACCUUGAAUCUUUGGUCUCCUGGUAACGUUGAUUCUCCGCCAAUGAUCACCAGGCCUGGCUACCCGCAGAACGUGGACCGGCUCAGGAGCAUCCCUGAAGACUUCCGCCUCUCCCCCCUCCCCGUGACAGACUACCCCGACCCUCCUCCCGCGUACACUGAGAUCGACUUUGGGACAGUUGAUAGACCAUCUUCCGUUGGUCCUAUAGUGCAAACUACCAAUUCCGAAGCGAGUGUGUCACCUGAACAUCCUUCAAGAACCAGGGUCAUUGUUCAUCAAAAUGGCGGCGUAACCUCAAACCGCAAGGUGUUGGUGUGCAAUAUCUGCAGGGUGACCGUCAACAGCCUGGUGGUCAGGCAGGUCACCUACGAGACCCAUUUAGUGGCUCUCUUCUGCUUCUCUAUAGCAAUGAUCCCGAUCGUCCCACUAAUAUACUGUUGCGAUAUAUGCAAGUCUGACGUCCAUUACUGUCCUAUUUGUAAUAAUAAGAUAAAUAAAGAAUUCAAGUUCUUGUAAGAAUUUUUGUUGUAGGAAUAAAGAAUGUAAAAAUGCACUUUAAAUUGUAAAUAUGAUAGCUAGUUCAUAUUAUUUUGUACCAUACGACAAUAUAAUUAAGAAUCAAAGUUACAAAUAGCUUCUUUAAAAUCUAGCAACUGCUAGUAACAGAUAAUAAUUUUUUUGUGUUUCAUUUCGUUCGCAAAAAAACAUAAGUCACAUUUAAAUUUCGAACAUGUUUCCAGCCUGAGUUUAUAUUGAAUUUGUUCCACUUUCAAUACAAAUUUGUUGAAGAUUUCCCGCCAAUAGUAAAAUAUAUCUGUGCUACGUGAUUUGAUAAAACACGAUGAUAUGACAAUAUGAUUGAUAAGAUUUCUUGAUUACGUGAUUUAUUUACUAGAAAGAAAAUAGCCAGUUGAAACAAAAACAUCAAUCAAUAUUUUAACAUGACACUUCAUUUUGUAAAAUAUUUGC